GAACUCUUCCGCUCUAUGCGUGUGGAGUACUAUGCUUUGGAACUUGAUAUAACUGCUGAUGGAUCCAGUAUUCAGCAAGUGUUAGUAGAGCUAACUAAUCAGAGGACAGUGCCUAAUGUAUUUGUGAACGGAACUCACGUAGGCGGCUGUGAUUCAACUUACCAGGCUUAUCACGAUGGAUCACUGCAGAAACUUCUUGGGGAUAGCAAAGAUGCAGAACCUUAUGAUUAUGAUCUCAUUGUUAUUGGUGGUGGCUCAGGUGGACUUGCGUGUUCCAAGGAAGCUGCUUCCUUGGGAAAGAAAGUCAUGGUAUUAGAUUAUGUUGUUCCAACGCCUCUCGGAACCUCAUGGGGGCUUGGUGGCACAUGUGUAAAUGUAGGUUGCAUUCCUAAGAAGCUAAUGCAUCAAGCAGCACUUCUGGGCCAGGCACUCCAAGAUUCAAGGAAAUACGGGUGGCAGUAUGAAGAACAAGUUAAACACAACUGGGAGGUCAUGGUAGAAGCAAUUCAAAACUACAUAGGUUCUCUAAACUGGGGCUAUCGAGUGUCCUUAAGAGAGAAGUCUGUGACAUACCUUAAUUCUUAUGGAGAAUUCAUUGAACCACACAAAAUUAAGGCAACUAAUAGAAAAGGACAAGUAACCUAUCACACAGCAGAGACUUUUGUCCUGGCAACAGGAGAGCGGCCUAGAUAUCUGGGUAUCCCUGGAGAUAAAGAAUAUUGUAUUACAAGUGAUGAUCUCUUCUCCCUGCCCUACUGCCCUGGCAAAACUCUAGUUGUGGGUGCUUCCUAUGUGGCUCUAGAGUGUGCAGGAUUUCUUGCUGGUCUAGGUCUAGAUGUCACAGUGAUGGUACGUUCCAUACUCCUUCGGGGCUUUGACCAAGAAAUGGCAGAAAAAGUAGGUGCUCACAUGGAAACACAUGGCGUAAAGUUCAUCAGGAAGUUUGUACCUGUUCAGGUUGAACAGCUGGAGGAAGGCAUGCCUGGCAGACUGAAAGUGACAGCAAAGUCUACUGAGGGACCAGAAAUCUUUGAAGAGGAAUAUAACACUGUUUUGAUAGCUGUUGGUCGUGAUGCAUGUACCAGAAAUAUUGGUUUAGAUACGAUUGGUGUCAAAAUCAAUGAGAAGAAUGGGAAAGUACCUGUGAAUGAUGAGGAACAAACCAAUGUGCCUUAUGUUUAUGCUGUUGGGGAUAUAUUGGAUGGAAAACUUGAACUUACUCCAGUUGCCAUUCAAGCAGGGAAACUGCUAGCUCGCAGGCUUUAUGGUGGUAGUUCCACAAAGUGUGACUAUAUCAAUGUACCAACAACAGUGUUUACUCCUUUAGAGUAUGGCAGCUGUGGGUUAGCUGAAGAAAGAGCCAUAGAACAAUACGGAAACCAAAACUUGGAGGUAUAUCACAGUUUGUUCUGGCCACUUGAAUGGACAGUACCAGGCAGAGAUAACAAUACUUGUUAUGCCAAGAUUAUCUGUAAUAAAAAUGACAAUAAUCGUGUGAUAGGAUUUCAUGUUCUUGGCCCUAAUGCUGGUGAAGUUACCCAAGGUUUUGCUGCCGCAAUAAAAUGUGGUCUCACCAAAGAAUUACUUGAUGAAACAAUUGGUAUCCAUCCAACUUGUGCAGAGGUGUUUACUACAAUGGAUAUUACAAAAUCUUCAGGACAAGACAUCAGUCAAAGAGGCUGCUGAGGUUAAACCUGCUGUUUUACAUGUUUUCAUGUUGUGCACACUUGGCUCUGUGGAAGCCCUAAUACAUCCAACUGCUUUGCAGCAAAAUACAUAUUUGCAUCAGUACCACUGUAUGUGCUGCAGCUGGGAGUGGUGCCUUUGUGAGGCUUCCUCAGCAAGUGUUGCAAAUGGAAACAGUAAUACAGCAGGGAAAUCUUGAACUGUAAAUCCUGACUUUGCUUGGAAUCAGCACUGUUGUGCUUUUUUGACGUUUUAGCUCGGAACCUUAUUGUGAGGUGAGCUACGACUGAUGGCUGCCAUGCAAGGUUGGGAGAUGUUUUUGUCCAGUCAGAUGACUGAACUCCUCCUGAAGGAAAUUUUUAAGUUGCACAAGUUAAAGCUAAUGCUUCUAGAUUCCAGUGUCUUGUACAAA